UUUAACAAAUUAUAACCACUCUAUUUUUUAAAAGUUUUAAAAUAUUAAAGCUUUUGAAAACCUUUCAUUAAUAAAAGGUUAGAAUGACUUUUGAGCGUAAAAGUAAUAAAAAAGAAAAAGUUAUUUCAAAAAAAGUCGUAAUUGCUCAUAAAAAAGAUGCUUCGUGCGUGGAGCAUGUUGAUCCACCUAUUAGUACAGUAACAAUGGCUAUGUGUGAUCCUCCGACACCGAUAUCUACUUGGGAAAACCAAGAAUCAACUAUUUCAAAGUGUAGUCAUGGCGAAUUUAAAAUAUCUGUGUGGAACGUGAAUGGCAUUCGUUCUGUGUUAAAACCUAAUGCUUUGUUCGAUAAUACAGCGCCUUUACUGGCCUACAUUGAAAAAGAAGAACCAGACGUUUUUUGUAUUAAUGAAACGAAAAUUCACGCAGAAUUAAUUGAUCAGUUUAAAGGUUACUUUGUGUGUUCGGAAAAAAAAGGUUAUGCGGGAGUUGCAACGUUUAUUCACACAAACGUAACUGCUGAGUUAAUACAGGAAGGGCUGGGAGAUGCAGAGCACGAUGCUGAAGGGCGGUCACAAACGUUUCGAAUUACUCCUUCAGGAAAUAUUCCUUCGUUUUAUCUUGUCAAUACUUAUGUAGUCAAUGCAGGUCAGGGUUUAACGCGGCUUCAUUACAAAAUCACUUCCUAUAAUAAAAAACUCUUCAACUAUUUAAAUGAAUUGUGUCAAAGCCACCCCGUCAUUUGGGCCGGUGACCUUAAUGUGGCGCAUGAGGAAAUAGAUAUUUGGAAUUCUAAAGGAAACCAAAAGUCAUCCGGUCAUACACCGCAAGAACGUUUAUCGUUUCAUGAGUUUUUAAAAGAUGGUAAAUGGUUCGAUGUUUUUCGGAAGUUGAAUCCCCAAAAGAUUCAGUAUACAUACUGGUCUGCUAUGCAACGUCAAAACUUGGAAAAAAAUCGUGGAUGGAGAAUCGAUUAUUUUGUAGUUACAAAUGAUAUUUUUUCUCAUGUUCAUGAAAUGUUUACUCGUGACUUUGUAAGGGGAAGUGAUCAUUGCCCAAUAGUUUUAACCUUAAAAGAAAAGGAUUUAAAAGAAACAAGCCAAUCUGAAUAGGUGGAUUGUGAUUGGAGACUAUACAAAAAGAAGGGUUUGCUUUAAUACAAAUUGCAAGCGAGAAUAGAAAUUUCUGGUUAUAAGGGACAUAAAUCUUGCAAUUCUGGAUGCGUAGAAACUGUCAGAGUUGAACGUUGUAAGGUAGCGAGAGAGAGAAGAAGCAUGGAUACAAUAAGCUGAAAUUCAAAUUGUUCUAAUCGUUAGUGAAUUUUAUAUUUUUUUUACCUUAAGUAAAAGAAGACAAAACCAUAAAAAAAAAAUUGUAAAUGCAGCCGUACAAAAAUUUUCUUUCCAUGGAAAUCUGAUAUGUAACAUGGAUAUUGUCAAAAAAAAACGACAGGGAAAAUGAAUGUUACUGGGGAAGUAAGCAGAGGAGUUGAGACGUCAAAGGUAAAGCUACAAAUCCUAAGCGUCUAGUCAGUGAAGCACACAAGAGGAGACAAUGAUUGACAGAGAAAAAAUGUACAGUCAGUGCAAGAAGUGGAAAGUUUACCUUGAGCAAAUAUGAGGAAACGAAUACACGGAGCGACAAGGUACUUUCCAUUGUUGCAGAUGUGUUGAAUCGUGCAGGAAGGUGUCAGGAUCUCUUGAAACAAGAAUAUCGGC